CCCUGGUCGUGGUCGUGGUCGCGGCAGGCGCCAGCUGGCUCGGCCGGGCGGCGGUGAACGGCUCACAACAAGCUCGCGUGUGGCCUGUCUUGCAAAAUAAGGAACUUUUUUCAGCAAAUAAGUCAAAUUCCAGGAGAAUUCCAUCUCAUUCAAACCACACAUGCAAAGAAACUGCAUCAUUCUUGCCACAAGUCCCCAGCUCAGGCUGUCAAGAUGCUGCCAUUUAGCUGGCCUGAGAGACAAGAGUCCUUAUCAGGUGGUGGCCAGGCAUGCUUCAGUGCACCACAGAAAAUACUGUACCAAAAAUGUCCCAAAAGUCCAACAGGUUGUUUAUGACCCAAAACCUGAUAUGAGUGAGGAGGAGGUGAAGCAUUUGAAAAUUGAGCCCAUCUUGCCUACUCAUGAUCCCCGCAGCAAGAGAUAUGCUCUGUUGCUGUCCUUCAAUGGCCAAGGGUUUCAUGGCAUGCAGAGAAAUGCAACGCUGAACAGUGUUGAGGACCACCUUCAUAAGGCUAUGCUGCAGGCAGACGUCAUCACGCAAGAGGAGUUCCUGGUGCCGCAGUUAUUUAACUUUCAGCGAGCUUCACGCACUGACAAAGGGGUGUCUGCUGCCAGGCUUCUUACCACUGGAAGAUUUUUUUGUGAAAAAUCAGAGUUGAAAGAAAAGGUCAACCAGCUCCUGUGUGACCAAAUAAGAUUGAUGGCUGUCUUCAAGGUCAUCAAUAACUUCAGUUGCAAGACAUGGUGUGAUGCUCGCACCUACUCCUACACAUGUCCCACAUUUGCCUUUGCUUCUUUCACAGAGGUCACAGAGGAAGGCUACCGUCUAUCAGAAAAUGCUUUGGAGGAGGUCAGAACAUUGUUUGCUCAGUACAAAGGCAUUCAUAACUUUCAUAAUUUUACUUCAGGCAUCAAACCCGAGAAUCGUCAAGCACUCCGGCAAGUCCUGGAUAUUGAGUGUGGAAAACCCUUUGAGCAAAAUGGACUAGAAUGGAUUACCAUAAAAAUAAAAGGUGCAAGUUUUUUGCUGCAUCAAAUACGCAAAAUGAUUAGUGUGGUCAUAGUUAUCAGGAGAGGGCUAGCCAGCACCAACUUCAUCUCUCAGGCCCUCUCAAGAGAUUACACAUUCCUGCCCAUUGCCCCAGGGCUUGGCCUGGUUCUCGAAGACCAGCACUACGAUUAUUAUAAUAAGAAGAUAGCAUCAAGUAAUGACCAUCUUGAUGCUCUUGUUUGGGAUGCUGAGGCUGGAGCCAUUGAAGAGUUUCGGCAAAGGGCCAUCAUGACUCCCAUUAUGGACACUGAGUUGAGAGAAAGGUCAAUGUUGAAAUGGCUAUCAACACUAUACACUUCCACCUUUGAAAUGAACAAGAUAAAGAAGGAGAGAUUGCCUGACUCACCUCUAGCGUUGAUUGUCCAAACUGUGCAGCACCACAUUGCUGCUGGCAACUCAGUGUGUGAUGCAGUGACUGAAAUAUCAGACUUAUACAAUGGUAAGCAGAGCAGUGAUAGCACUGUCGCUAUCAAUAAAGUGUCCUUAGGAUCAUAGUAUUAUUAUUCUUGAUGUUAAAAGUUGUAGAAGUGACCUGUGCAGUAGAUUGUAUGUUUGUUCUUACUGUAGUCCAAUCACUUAAGCUGGACUCCUCUCAACAAUGGCUCAGUCCCUCGCCAGGUAGACGAGAAUGCUGCUGAUUGGCUACUGGCAGGUGAGGUUUCUGAUGUCACAGUCUUUCAACACAAUCACAUGGGUUCAGAAAAUAUAUAUAUUUCUUAACUUGGCUCAAUCUAGUACACAAGAUAGGCAAAUUUAGUUGACACCAUUUGAUUCAGCAGUAAUUGUACAACUGUAACACGGUUUUCAAAACUCAAUAGUGUAAAAAAUUAAAUAAUUAUGAUGAAAGGAAGUCAAGAGAAGAACAUAAUAUUUAUACUUUCUUUACAAAUCCUUCCUUGUCCUUCCUUGUAUUGCAUUUUAUUUUAAAUAUAAGAGUACCCUCAUAUAUAGGAGAAUUUCAUGUAUUAGAACAAAUGUUUUAUUUUGAAAUUCUGCUGCAAAUAUUGAUGAUUAAAAAUGAAUAUAAACAUUCAUGUUAUUCUCUGACUACUACUCACCGUAAAUAUUGUAUUUAUCAGUAUCAAAGAUGCACCCCGUUUUCAAGUGCUAUAUAUUGAAGUGUAUCACUUGUUCUACUACAUCCUUUUUUAUUACCAAAUGAACAUGACGAACCAUAGAAAUGACACCCUUGUGUUGGCGACCCCCACACCAAGGCCAAGACCGACUGUCUUGUCAUCAGAGGACAUUGCUGUCAGGGCGAGUAGGGUCAGCUGAGCCGUCAAAGCCCUUCAUCAACAACAUCAUAAUUUCAUCUGAUCUGUACACUUCCUCUAGGCUAAGGUUAUGCCCACAGGUAAAGCAGUAUUUAGCAUUGAAUGUGUGCUAAAAUUUUUAGUCUUAUUUGAGAAAAAAUGUCUUAGGUACCAGCAAAUAUGGUACUUUGUUUUUUAUCCUUAUCAGGCUUUGAAAAUCAUGUUAUAGUUGUAAAAUUACUAUUUAAUCCAAUGAUGUCAACAAAAUUUGCCUAUCUUAUGUACCAGAUGAGCUUAGUUAAAAAUAUGAACAUUUUCUGAACCUGUGUGAAUAGUUUGUGUGACAGAGACGUCAGACAUCCUACCCUCCAACAGCCAAUCAGCAGUGUUCAAGAUGCUGGAGGUUGCAGCUUAGGUGAAUGGAUUAUAACACUAUUAAUUGUGGCAUGAAGUAUAACUUUAUUGUUUCAUGAUUGAUAUAUGUAUCUAUCAAGUUGUAAUAUACGCAAGUUGAGCUUAUUCCCAUGUUGCAAUGUCUUUAUUUUGUGUCAUAUCAUAUCAAGUGUACCAGUGGUCCCCAUCUCACCAUUUCAAAUUUAACUAAUUUUUUCAUGAUUCUUCCUUUAGAUGUAAGAUGCAGUUCCGGCAAGUUGUUAACUCUGUAUCUUUUAUUGUUCUGUUGUAAGAACUAGAAAUGCAACACUUACACUGUCCAUUGUAUCAAUGGCAAAAUAAUUUUUCCAUUUCUCUACCAUUUCAUGUCAAAACAUUUCCUGUUGAACAUGAAAAUCACAACAGCAGAAUUACAGUUAACUCUCACUUUUAUGGACCUCAAUAUAACAAAUUUCGGCUUGAACGAACUUUGGGGCUAGUUUGGUACAUGCGGGGAUUAACCAAACAAGUUUGGUGAUUUCUAGGUUAGGUUUGAUGGGCCAGCCAAACACGUAUACAUGCAUGUUGGUCAACAUAGUGUACACAAAGUUAUGCCCACAGGCUAAGCAGUAUUUGGCGCUGAAUGCGUGUGCUAAAAUUUUUAGUCUAAUUUGAGAAAAAAGUGCCUUAGGUGCCAGCAAAUAUGGUACUUUGGAAUUAGUGUCCAGUAUGUAAGUAUUGUUUGACAGUCCCAGUAUUCCUGUAGUAUUUGAAAGGAACAAAGCUCUUUAUAUACAGAAAUGGUCAGAAAUAGCGGGUUUUCAGCUUAUAAUGAAAAAUGUUUGUUGUAUGUAAAAAGUUUAGAUCUCUUGGGUAUAACAGAUUUUCAGAUAUAAAGUCACCCACUUUCCCCAAGUGGUUCAUUGAAGUGAGAUGUUACUGAAUAUGGCUUUGAAAAGGCAAAAAUCAAAAGUGUAUCAUUUUUCAAGUUAAAUUGACCCAUGGGACACCACCACUAACUUUAUUAUUGAAGAAAAAUGAAAGAAAAAUGAUGAACACAAAAGAAUUCUGUUGUCUUAGUUCUUUUCGAGGCAGAUAAGAAUUAGGGGUUUUGUUGAGUACCAUUUUAUAAUGAUUAUUGUAAUAAAAAUAAUUGUAA